ACCCUGAACAAGCCAAAGAGAAAAACCUCGCUCGGCACACAACACGACCACCUCGUUGAUUCGAUCGCGUCGAAGCCAUGCACGUCGCCUCGAGAGCUCGCAGGCUCCACCGCAUUCUCAAGCCUCCGGUUCAUCUCGGCUCGGCCGGAUUCAUCCCCCCGAACGACUGCCAAGUCGUGGAAUGCGCUCAGAUUUGUGCGCGGGCAUGUCGAAAUCGCAGCUCCUCCUCCUUCUCCUCCGCUGCUCAGUCCCUCGGUUUCGCAGGGCCGGUUCAUGGUAAUAGAUUGCCUGCAGCCCCUUAUUCAAUAAUUUUGCGUUUACCGUAUUCUUCCGAAGCAAGUGCUGAAAAGGAGGAACCCCCCACAGAGACCGUGAAGGAGAUGUAUGAUAAAAUUAUUGAAUCCGUUAAUACGAAAAGAACAAUGGCUCCAAACGCAUGAACGUGGUCGAUGAUUGAAAAUUGCAAGAA